AUGAAUACAUUUCUUCGAUUAUUUGCCGCAUUUGUUAUGUUAUUCGUAUCGCUUUUCGGAAUUGUUGUCAAUCUUCAUGUGAUGUUCGCAUUUUUGAAAAAGCGAAAAGCAUCGACCGGAUUCUUCAAAUUAUGUUUAGGCAAAACUGUAGGAAACACAAUAACUUGUUUUGCAUUUUUCUUUUGGUCAGCGCCAUGCACUUUUAUGUGAGUUAUUAUUGACAAUAACUCUCUGAAACUACGUAAAUUUUUAAGAGACACGUAUUAUUUAUCUCACAAGUUUAACGUAAUUUGGGGACAAAUCGCUGGUUGGGGAGCUUAUAUUGCAGGAAUGUUGAUACAACUUUGUAUGUCAUUAAAUCGACUAUUUGCAUCAUAUUUACCCAUAAGAUCUAGUAUACAUCAUCCAGUUUUCAAUAUUAAGGUUCGGUAAUUACUGGAGGCUUGUGAACACGAAUAAUUUCGCAUUAUUGGGAGAUCGAAAAACAAUAAACAAAAAAUUUUCAGAAUUGUCUAAUCAUUAUUUUUAUGAUUAGCAUUGCUUAUACUGUCGUUGGUUUAAAAGAUGGUUGUGGUUAUUAUUAUGCAGUUGACUUAUUAUCUUGGAAUCCUGAACCAGAAGAUUGUGCACAGCGUCUGGCUGAUUUUAUGUUUUAUAGCAUUUUCACAUUAUCCGCAAUUUCAAAUACUUCAAAUAUUGCAACAUUUAUCAAACUUUUCAAAAAUUUGAAAAAUAAUGAAUUUGGUUUGCGCGAAACUGAAAGUGCGGAAAGAACCAAGAAAAGUCGAAUUAUGUUUGCUCAAGUACAGUGAUUUGUUUGAGUAAAAAUAAAUCAUUCGAACUUUUUUCAGAGUGUAACUCAAGAUUGUCUUCAUGUUUGUGAUAUGUUAGCCUGUCAAGUAGUCUACAAAUUGAAUGAUGCAUUAUGGUUCCAAUUUAUCUGUAUGUCAGUUGUAUGGUUGUCAAUACACGUAUUAGAUGGGUAAGUAUUUGGAGUGACCUUCAAAUUUUUCUGAAAUUCAUUCAUCAUUUCCAGAGUUGUUAUCUUAUUGUUCAAUAAAGACAUUCAACCAAAAAGAAUGAGGAAAAUAAUGAAUAACGAGACUGCUAUUAUGAAUGUUAGUGCAAGAAUAACUGUAUAUUGA